CUCAUUAGGCUGUCUUCCCUGCUCAUGGAAAACAAAGCCGAAUUGGCAAAGCUUAUAACCACAGAGCAGGGCAAAGUUCUGGCAGAGGCGGUCGGCGAGGUGGCGUACAGCGCAUCAUUCUUCGAGUGGUUUGGCCAGGAGUGUCGUCGGACGUACGGCGACAUCGUUCCAUCGAACAAACCCGACCGGCAGCUGCUGCACAUGCGGGAGCCGAUAGGCGUGGCGGCUAUGAUCACGCCUUGGAACUUUCCUAUCGCUAUGAUUGCCCGUAAGGCGGCUGCUGCCCUCGCAUGCGGCUGUCCAUGCGUCAUAAAACCUGCUGAAGACACACCUUUGUCUGCGCUGGCUCUGGCUGAGCUGACGAAAACAGCCGGAAUCCCGGAUGGAGUGUUUAACGUCUGCCCUUCGGAUGCGAUAAAAACUGCCGCUGUUGGUCAGUUCAUGUGCGAGUCGCCCAAAAUUUCGGUUAUAUCUUUUACGGGAAGCACAGACGUUGGAAAGUUGCUGCUGCGUCAGUCAGCCAGUACUGUGAAAAGAAUGUGUCUGGAGCUGGGCGGCAAUGCUCCAUUCAUCGUGUUUGCUUCUGCGGAUAUAGGGGAGGCCGUAAAGGGUGCAAUGGCUUCCAAGUUCCGGAACAGUGGCCAAACGUGUGUUUGCGCUAACCGCUUCUUCGUCCAUCGUUCGGUAUUCGACGACUUUGUCGAUCAACUGACGACAGCAAUGAGGGGCGAGUUGGUUGUCGGUAAUGGCUGCCAGACCGGUGUAUCCCAAGGGCCGCUGAUCAACGAAAGUGCCGUCAACAAAGUCGAGCGACUGGUUGACGACGCUGUCAAGAAGGGGGCCAAGGUGCACUGCGGUGUCGGAAGGCAUCCCGCCGGCAAAUGCUUUUAUAAACCGACCGUUUUGAGCGGAAUCGAUCAACGCAUGGAUAUUGACCAGGAGGAGAUUUUCGGCCCAGUGGUUGCGAUUACGCAGUUCGAAUCUGAGGCAGAUGCGGUUCGAUUGGCUAACAGUGUGAAAGUCGGAUUGGCGGGUUACUUUUAUUCACGAGAUAUGGCGCAGAUUUUUCGCGUUGCCAGACGCUUAGAGGUUGGUAUGGUCGGCGUGAACACAGGAGCGAUUUCGACUUGCGAAUGUGCCUUUGGCGGAGUUAAGGAAUCUGGCCUUGGAAGGGAAGCAUCUUAUUUGGGCAUGGACGAAUUCCUGCAGACCAAAACCGAUUACUCAUAA